CUGGUCACGCUGGACUUUGAUCCCCGCGCACUCGGUGGGCUCCGGUGUCGAGUUGCCAGAGUCCACUUCAACAACGCCGAGACUCGCCUCGCCACACACCUCCUAGUGCACGACCAACACUCCCGACUACAAUACCGUCAGCUACUAUCCGCUAAGUUCACCGCCAUGCCACACCAGGGGGGUUCGCCAAAUCAGCGCUGGGCGACGACGCUGAACAGCACUGGAAUCAGCAGCAGACUCGAUUGGAUACCUUCCACUCACUAA